AUGGACGGUGAGGAGAGCCUGCAGGAAACGGUUGAGCUCGUCUUCAAGAGGGCCGUGCAGAAACCAGACUCUGCUGCAGUCUUCGCGGAGCUGUGUCAGCGCCUCUCAACAGUGGAAUUCCAAUCCUUGUCCGACUGGUCGGCCAGCGUCUCCUUCAGGUCCCUGCUGGUCAAACACUGCCAGGCAGAGUUUAAGAAGAACUUUGAAAGGGAGGACAUUUCACAGAAGGGGGGGUCCUGCCUAGAGCCAGUCAGGGACGUGAGGGUUAUUGAUCGACUGAGGGAAGAGAAAAACAACGCCAAACCCUCCUGUUGCUCCAUACAUACCAUCCGGUUUAUUGGGGAGCUGUUCCUCUCCAAGGUUCUGGAUGAGAAAGCCAUGCACUGCUGCAUCAGGAGGCUGCUGCAAAAUGGAGACGGGCUGUCUCUCGAGAGCCUCUGUGAGCUCCUCCAGCUCAUCAAUCACAUUUUGCCUCUUAGGGCUCAACAACCUGUACAAGGAGCGACACCCUCUGCCUUGAUAAAGCAGCAAAGGGGGCAGUCAGAAAUAGACACCAGAAAAGUAAUAAUAAGUGAACAUGUAAUACUUUCUACUAAUGCAAUGAAAUAUAAAAACAAUUUAAAAAUACAAUUAGAAUAUAAUAUACUAUAAUAGAUAGCAGGGGCGUCGUUAGGCCUGUUUUUAGGGCCCCCCUAAAAUGUUCUUCAGCCCCCCAAAAUAAUUAUUGGGAUUUUUUUGGAUUUUUUUUGUAAUUUGUAAUUUUUUAAUUAAACUAUUGUUUUACACAUGGACAAGUUAUAUAUAACUCUAACAUGCUACAUAUGUAAGUGCGUUUCUGGUUUGUAUGUUUUCUCCCCCUUCAAAUUACAAUCCAAUAGCCUCUCAUUAGCCUGACGUUGUCAGACUCACAAUUCUAGUCAGAAUGUGAGUCUGAGACCGCUCCAUUGGGCUGUGAUUAUGGGGCCUGUUUCAACUGACCAGGAAGUAAAAUUCUUCUUCGCUCAAUUGGAUAGACCUACAACCAAUCAGAGCAACGUAGUAUGUGACGUAUGCUAAGCAAUGCAUUGUGAGUUAUUUACUAACGCCGGGUUCACACUGGACGAUUCAGCGCAGCGCCAAGCCUUAAAUAACAGCUGGCUCCCAUCCACUCCUAUGUUAAA